AGGACUCAUCGUUUGCCUGACAAACUAGAGUUCGUUCCGCCAAACACAUCCUUAAUAAACUUGUGUACUUCAAACCAGAACCAGACAGAAAGUGCAACCUUAAUUAGGGUUUAUCAAAGUUGUCUCAUACUGAAAAGAGACAUGGCUACAGAUUACAUAAUCAACCCAGACAAAAUCCAAACAUUCUUCACACAAAUCGAGGAACACAAAAACCUAUUAACCUCAAUCACUGAUUUCCACAAAACCUUAGCAACCCACUUUACUUCUCUGUCUGAAACCCUAGCUCAAAAGUCCCAAAAUCUUGAUGCCCAAAUCGAAUCAUUCCAUACCCAGUCCAAGAAAUCACUUGAGUUGUUGGAAAAUCGUGAGAAUUCGAUACCCGAAAGAGAGGCGAGUUUGGUUGCUCGAAUAAAUGAGCAGAAGGGUGUUUCGAUUUCGGACAUUGAGAGUGACAAUGUAGGUAGGAAUUUAGGUGAGUUAUUGAGAAUGUACUUUAGGAGGAUGGAUGGGAGUGGGUUGGUUAAGUUUUUGUUGGCGAAAAGGAAGGAGUCGGUUGUGUUGAGGACGGAGCUUGGGAGUGCGGUGGAGGAGGCGGUGGAUGUGUUUGCUUUGGUUCUUGAUGUUGUGGAGGAGUUUGUGGGGUUGAAAAGUGAAGGGGGAGUUGGAAUGGCGGAUAGGAGGUGGGCGUGUGGGUUGUUGGUUCAGGUUGUGGUGCCGCUUGAGGAGGGGAAAGUAGGGGAGGUUAUGGUUGGGAGUAGUUUGAAGGAACGGGCGAUGAUGGUGUUGGAGAAGUGGAAGGGGAUGUUGGGUGGGGGAGGAGAGAGUGGGGUUGGUGCGGGGGAGGCUACUAUGUUUUUGCAGAUUGUGUAUGGGUUCGGGUUGAAGGAUAGGUUUGAGGAGAAAUUUUUGAGGAGCAUGGUUUUGGAGUUUGCGGGAAGGAGGGAUAUGGCUAAGAUUGCUGCUGCAGUGGGAUUCACAGGUCAGAAAAUGAUAGAUAUAAUUGAUGAGUUGGUAAAGAGUGGAAAGGAGGUUGAAGCAGUGUAUUUUGCUACUGAGUUUGAUUUGACUGAGAAGUAUGCUCCAGUUUCACUGCUCAAAUCGCAUCUCAAGAACAUCAGGAAAAAUGCGAAUUCUAUAUCAAAGAACGGGAAGUACAGUGCAGCUGCAGUGGACGAGGCCAACAACUCAGAGAUGAUUGCAACUAAAGCUAUCAUAAAAUGUGUGGAAGAUCACAAGCUUGAAUCACAAUUUCCCACAGAUAAUCUAAAGAAGCGCAUCACACAAUUAGAGAAGGCGAAGGCUGAGAAGAAGAAGAGUGCAUCAUCUGUGAGCAAGCCUUCUAACAAGCGGGCACAUGGAGGAAGCUCCAAAGGUGGUGGUGGGGUUGGCACAUCCUCCAGACCUCCUAAAGCAGGCAGAAUAUCCACUACAUCCCCUUCUUUCCGUCAGAGGAAUCCUUCUCAGAUACAUCAGACCCCGGGGGCUACCAGAUAUGCUGCCCCGUAUAGCUAUCCAAACCCAAGUUUGUAUGAUGUUCCUGGCACUCCGUCAUAUGUAUCAGCAUAUGGUGGUCCGCGCAUCAAGAGCCCUGUUGGACUUCAACAUGCAUAUGCAGCACCAGAUGUGGGAGUAGCAGGUAUUCGGGCAGGCACAUCAUAUGCUGGACAGGGAUCAUACGGAGUACAGAGUAAUUAUGCUGCAUAUGAUUAUCCUCCUGCUUCUGCAUACCCACCUACGUAUCCACAAUAGUUUAUUGAACGGUGCCAGGAUGAAAUAUUAGAGCUAGGCUCCACUAGCAUUGGGUGUUGCUGUUUCGAUGUUUCUCAUUCCAGGAGCGUAGGUGUACUGGUUUUGUUUUUUUUUGUCAAUGCGGAAACCAAUGAUGCAAUUGCCAGGGAAGGCUUCAUUUGCAACCAUUCACAAUAUUAUUUUUUCUUUCGGAAUAUUCCUCCAACAAGUAUGAUUGUGCAGGUCUGAAGAUGUAUAAAUGACUGUAGUAUUUAGUAUUUUACCAUGUGGAGUCUGU